UCCUAAUUCCCUAGUUGCGAGGUAACUACCACUGUGCCAAUCUGGGGGGUUUUAAGAGUUAAGUUAUUGACGGACGCAAAAGGCCAAGAAGUACUCUCUCUCUCUCUCUCUCUCUCUCUCUCUCUCUCUCUCUCUCUCUCUCCAUAAUGGACACAUUCUUCCUUCCUCAUGCAACUAUGGGGAAAAUGGAUAGCAACCCCAUAAUGGAAUUUCUGAGAAGUUGGAAGGACGUGGUACGGGUGCCCAAACCAAAAUCAAUUCUGAUUGUUUCAGCACACUGGGACACGUGUGAUCCAACUGUGAGCGUUUUCCCUUACGUUCAUGAAACAACGUAUGAAUCUGAGGAUUCCACAAAAAGUCACUUGGCCAAGUUCAAAUACCCAGCACCGGGAGCUCCACAACUGGGUAUGAGAGUGAAGGAGUUGUUAAUGGAGUGUGGGUUCGAAACAGUCCAUGAAGAUUCAAGUCGUGGGCUUGACCAUGGUGCUUGGUUUCCACUAAUGCUCAUGUACCCAGAAGCAGAUAUUCCAGUGUGUGAAAUCUCAAUACAAUCUUCUAAGGAUGGGAACCACCACUACAACAUGGGCAAAGCCCUUGCUCCUCUUAGGGCUGAAGGAGUUUUGAUAAUUGGAUCAGGUGGAACUAUCAACUAUGCUCCCCCCUAUAUUCCUCCACUCCAUGCACCCGUGCUGUCUUGGGCUAUUGAGUUUAAUACUUGGCUCAAGGAUUCUCUCCUUAGUGGAAGGCAUGAAGAUGUUAUUGAAUUUGAGAAGCUGGCACCCCAUGCAAAGAUGGCACAUCCUAGACCAGACCACAUUUACCCUUUGAUUGUAGCUUUUGCAUCUGCUGGGAAAGGCGCAAAGGCUCAACUUAUUCAUCAUAGUUGGCAACGUGGUUUCCUCUGUUUUGAUUCCUAUCGAUUUUCAGAUAAUGUGGAAACGUCGUUUUGAGGCACACAACAUGUUAAUAUCGCAGAAUACGACUGUUGUUGUAUAAUUAAACUUCAUGGUUGGUUGUGGGGUGUAUAGCAUGUGUGAUGGAGUUGGGGGAUUCGGAAACCCUAUGGUGCAAAGUUUCAAUCGUUCAAGAGUGUUUUGGACGAUCCAGAUUUAAAUCAAACUUUUUUGAAAAAAAAGUUUCAUUUUAGAUCCAGAUCGUUGAAAGCACAUUUAGACGGUUGUGAUCUGCCCUACAGAGCGCCCUGCAGGGGUCCGUCCAUUUGUGUUUGUUCGUGUGAUCAACUAAGGAAUUGGGGAGAGUAGCCUUGGUAGGUUUAGCUUUUGUACCUGUGAUUGAUUGUGAUUGUGUACAAGUUCAAUUACAACCCAAUCUACUGGCAGAUCUAAUCAGAUUUUGAGAGCAGAUAUCAGGUU